UACAUGUAGAACGUUACACAGGAGACCCGAGACACGUGGCAUUGUAUUUCUCUUCAUGGCGUUCUCUGCAACUCUAUCCUACACCACCUUCCCUUCUCUUCCUCGCUUCCCUCAAAUUUUGAGAACAAAGAGAGUUAAUUUCCGACUGAUUCGUGCAGCACAGAGUGGUGAAUCAGAGACCCCGGAGAGUAAGAGUGAAGGGUCAUCUAAGGCUCAGUCUGCAAGUGCUUCUCCUAAGCCUCCCAAGAAACCAGUUUAUUCCUUGAAGAAAGGUCAGAUUGUGAGGGUGGACAAGGAGAAAUAUCUCAAUAGCAUCAAUUAUCUUUCUGUUGGGCACCCACCUUAUUACAAAGGAUUAGACUACAUUUAUGAAGACCGUGGUGAGGUCCUGGAUAUGCGUAUAUUUGAAACAGGAGAGUAUGCUCUUAUUGCAUGGGUAGGGAUUCCCACUGCUCCAGCUUGGCUUCCUACGUACAUGCUUAUCAAGUCAGAGAAGCUCGACUAAGAGAGGCUAUGACCCACAAAUGCUAAAUGGAUAUAUGAUACUUUUUUUCUUACGCUGUAAGAGAGUUUACAAUUCAAGAAUCUCAGAUAGAAACACCAUCUGAAACUCUACCCCAUCUGUAAGGCAGAGUAUUUCGAAGCCUUGUGAAUGUGUAUCUGUGCUUCCCUGCUUUUAAAUUUUAAUAAAUAUCAAUUCUCAU